AGCUUUCGGAUCCAUGAUGCUAGUCACUUUGUUAAAGUAAGUGCAAUACCCUUCCGUAUUGUAUAAAAAUUUAUCCACGUUAAGGCAAGUUUUACAAAUUAAGGGGUAUCGAUCCGUGUAAAUCUGCACCCUUCUUAAACAAGAAUGUUGUUUAUAAAAAUAUUCAGCUUUAGAAUCAUCCAAUUUGAAGAAUAUUGUAGAAAUAAUGCUAAGCUUCAGCUUGCAUAUUUGUGCCUCAUUUUUCAGCAGUUGUUUGUUUUGCGAUGUUCAUAACAGGGAAUCUAAAAACUGAUAUAUCGUGGCUUUUCAAAAAGCCUUGAUUCUGUUCGAGGGCGGGCGAUGUUCCCCUGAAAACAUGUCAGGUUUGAAAAAAAUUGUAAUACCUAAAAAAUAUACUUAGAUGCGAAACGUAAUUUGCUCAGAAAUAUCGGGACUCGGUAAAAUUUAUUAAUUUCUAGUCUUCACUGCAAUAUUCUGUUUCUGUUGGUAGUGCACUCCAAAUUAUUUCGCGUUUGAAGCGGCCAAAGAAUACGUGGUUUGAACACAGUCACAAAGAAAUACGUAGUCUAGAAACUAAUUAUUGUCCUUAUGACUAUGGUUUGAAACAAUGUAAAAGAAAAACGAUUAAGUAUUUUUAUAUAGAGUUAUUUAAAGUUUAGCAAGAAGUUAAAGUGCUUCCAAAUGGUAAAUUUUCGUUCUAUACCUCCAACUUCUUUCUUUCCUAAAACAUAUCAAACAUUUUUGAAAAUUUUUCUCUUAAGAUGAUGUCAAAAAAGUUAUCUAAAUAUCAUUAAAUUAGAAAAUAAUACACCAUGAUGCUUUUCUUUGCAAUGAAUAUAGCACAAUUGAACAAGCUCUUAAUACAAACUUUUGCGGUUUUUUGGUGAACUUGCUGGUAAAUAGAGUGAUCAAGAGUCCUUUGUCAUGGGAGAAAGAUUCAGAGUGAAGGAGAAAAGAUAAGAGAUAUGAGUGAUGGGGAGUCAACUUUGAAAAAAUGCCUGUAACAGUGAAAUGAGUGUUCAAUCAAAGAUAGAAACACGUUUUGAGCCAAGAAGUCGAUCCAUUUGACAUGUGGUCGUAUGGAUCCCCGAGAUCAAUAGCCAUUUUACUUGUGUUCAAUAGUUACUUAUUGGCACAAGAAGAAAUUAGGACUGGUAAAUAAUCAAUUGCUCAAUCUAGUGAAUUAUCAGGAAUACAAAAGUAAUAGCUGAAACUAUUUUUGGUUGACCUUGGUUAACCGCGUAUCGUUUCCUUGUCGCCAACACCAUGCCAGAGUGUUGGGGACCUGGGUGCCACCAAGGGCAAUAGAGGAGCCGGGGGCACGUGCCUACUUCACGUAGACUGUGUCCAAGACCCCGAACUAUUUUCAAGUAAGAGGUUUAGAUCACAGGCUACCUUUCAUCGAUCCUGAAAAGCCGUUAAAAGUAGAAUUGCUACGUUAUGGGCACAUGCAAAUAUCAUAGGAAAAAAUGAACUGGAGUUUGUGAUAUGGGAAGUAAAAGAAAUUACAAAUGUGCAGGGUUUUGAUGCAGCAUAACUUUAAACAAAACGGGGUCAUGAAUUAACCAGGGGAAAUUUUCGAAAUAUCAAACCGUCUUCCAAUGUGUGCUUGGCACCUUUGAAGGCUAAAAAUUAAAGAUGUUGGAAAAAUGAAAAAAAUUUUAAAGACAUUUUUUCUUGUUUAUCAGAUUCAUAAUUUCUAAACACGAGCUUUGUUGAAUUUCAUUUUAGGUUUUAAACUAGCAUGGGUUUUUGGCAUCUUUCUGACUUUAUUCUUUCAAACUCAACAAUUUAUCAAAUAAGAUGUUUAAUACGUGCAUUUAUUUUGAAAAUAUUGUACCAAUGUCUGCAAAUAAAGCAACAAAAUUUCGUUUUCAUUUAUUUCUGAGGAACCCCAAAUACAUUACCUUGGCGAUAUUUCCCACCUCUCACAGGUUUUGGCCCUCGGCGAAGAGUAAGUUACCAACUGUUACAGAACCCAUUUAGGGGCACAUGGCGAAGCUACGCGAAUCGCAUUGUCAUUGCACUUUAGUUAUCUUAUCACUUCAUAGGUAGUUUUUCAACCGAGAAGAUACAAUAAUUUCAACCACGAUCCUCUCUAUCGAAAAUUAGAAUAAACAUGUUUCCUGUAAAAAUCUUUUCCUCCUCUGCCCUAUUUAAAAUGAAAAGAGGAUUUGGCCCUGAAACUGUUUGUUCAGCUACCCUGCAUGUUACUAAGCGGGCAUACAGUUAUCCUGAAGCACCUCGAUGUGGUUAUUCUCUAAAGAUUUGAACACGUGAGGGGAACAAAACAAGCGAUGUGCUCCCUAUAAUUAGAAUUUCCUUCGCCUUUGUCCACCUGCAGGUUGUACUUAGGGUCAGCCCAUACAAACUUGCUCCUUUUGUGAUUGGUCCAACCUGCUGUAAAUAUCAUUCUAUUCGGACGAUUGGUUAAAAAAGAAUCCUUUUGUUUGAUCGUUCAUUGAUUGGAUAUAUAGGAAUGACCCUUUAGUCUAAGCGAAAGCCUUAUUUGAUUGGUCUAAGGGGAGUCCUCUUUAAGAAACCUUAAAAGCUUAUUGGCUGCUGGGUAAUUCCAAGGCUGUUGAUUGGCUAGAUCGGCAUGUCCUUGUGGCCGGGCCGGGACAAUGGAGAGUUUUCAAAUUUUAGAAAUGAUCUUGUUUUGGUCGCUCUGUACGAUCAGGUGUUUUGCAUAAAGGAACUUUUAUUACAUGCCACGAUGUCUGCCAGUUUUCUCAAGCAGUGCUAGAACAACAUACGUGAUGUCCACAGCUCGUAGACGGAACAACGUCGCCGUUAAGGAAAAACGUCCCAUUCGAAUACCUAGGGCAUCGCUGCUAUGUAAAGAAAGUAGUGGACCUGGAAACGGGAAGAGACCCAGAAUAGAUAUCAAACAGGAAAUGGCAGAUGAAACUACAAUCUGUUCAAAUAUCACCAAAGUCAGAGGUUCACGAAGGAAGCACAUUCCUCCUGGCUACUUCCAAAGAAUGCUACCUGACGAAGUGCUGUUGAAAGUAUGUUCCUUCUGCCCGCCAGUCGAAUUGUCUCGCUUGUCAAUGACAUGCAAAAGACUCAACGCUCUGUGCAGGGACGACUCACUCUGGAAAACGCUGUAUUGGCGCGUAUACAGAAUGAGACAGCCACUGUUAAGAGGCUGCAGUGGUCUUUACGAAAUAGCAGAUAAGAACCGUUUCCUUGGCUUGACUUGGAGAGGGUCUUUUCCUCUUUUGUCAAACGCCUGUCAUGUUACAAAAGAUGAAAAGUUGGCAGAUGACUUGAAAUACCUAGAGAGAAAGUGUUACUCGACAAUCAACGAUGCGGUCGGUGCCACGUCUCCUGGGGGAAUUAUUUUGGUUCACCCUGGAUCGUACGAUGAGGAAGUUACACUGGAACAGAAAGUUUCAAUCAUUGGGACAGAAAACCCAGAAACUCAAGCUUACCCAACGGUCAGCUGUUCCACUGGCACCUUAUUCAGAAUACGCCCAUCAGCAACAGGAUCAUCGCUCGCAUAUUUACGACUUGAGAUAACAGCACAGGAAGGAAACAGCCAAGUUAGAGGACACUGUGUUGAAGUCUGUAACGACUGUUCCCCGACCAUCCAGGACUGUUACAUCACCAGCAAGAACACAAGUUCUUCUGCAAUUUUUGUACAUGGUGAUGGUGGAAAACCAAAGGUGGCAAGGUGCAAAGUAGUUGAGUGUGAAAAUGUAGGGAUAUUCGUCACUGACGGUGCCCAAGGCACUUAUGAAGACAAUGAAAUAUACAAUAACAGACUGGCUGGCCUCUGGGUCAAAGGAGGGGCAAAUCCAGUCGUACGACGAAACUCGAUUCACCAUGGCAGAGAUGCCGGGCUCUUCAUCUUUGACGGGGGUUUGGGAUAUUUCGAAGAAAACAAUGUUUACAGUAAUAGAAUUGCUGGCUUUGAAAUCCGAUCCGGAGCGAACCCAACCGUGGUCAGAUGCCAGAUCUACGGUGGAUCAACUGGUGGAAUAUAUGUGCAUGAUGACGGAAGAGGAGAAUUCAUAGGAAACAAGAUACAUUCUAAUACUUUUGCUGGUGUUUGGAUCACUUCUGGUAGCAAUCCCACUAUCAAAGACAACGAAAUUUACCAUGGUCAGCAGGGUGGAAUUUACGUUUUUGGAGACGGACGAGGUCUUAUCGAGAACAACGACAUUCACGGCAAUGCGUUAGCUGGCAUUCAAAUUAGAUCAAACAGCAAUCCAAUUGUUAGAAAGAACAGAAUUCAUCAUGGGCUUCAUGGUGGAAUUUAUGUGCACGAAGGUGGACUUGGCUUGAUCGAAGAUAACGAAAUUUUCUCAAAUACGCUAGCGGGUGUCUGGAUAACUACAGGAAGCUCGCCAAUUUUAAGACACAAUAGAAUACACAGUGGAAAACAGGUUGGUGUUUACUUCUACGACAAAGGAUGCGGUACUUUAGAAGACAACGAAAUUUACAAUCACAAGUAUUCAGGAAUACAAAUAAGAAGUGGCAGUAAUCCAGUUAUUAGACGAAACAAAAUUUGGGGCGGCAAAAAUGGCGGAGUUCUUAUAUACAAUGGUGGCCUAGGUAUAAUUGAAGACAACGAAAUAUUUGAUAACGCAAUGGCGGGUGUUUGGAUAAAGACAGAAAGCAAUCCUAUUUUGAGAAGAAAUAAGAUCCAUGACGGCCAUGAAGGUGGAAUAUGCAUUUUCAACAAUGGCAAAGGUUUACUAGAAGACAAUGAUAUUUUCAGAAACUCCUUAACCGGCGUUCUCAUCAGCACAUCUAGUUUUCCAGUUCUAAGAAGAAACAGAAUAUUCGAAGGGGGUGCUGCUGGCAUUGAAAUAACAAACAAUGCAGGUGGAGUGUUAGAAAAAAAUGAAAUUUUCAACAAUCGCUUUGAUGGCGUCAGUCUUGCAACUGGAGUUUUGCCGAAAAUGAUUGAAAACUUCAUCCACGAUAACAAGAAAGUUUUGACGGAAGCAAUAAACACUGGGAAGUGCCUUUAUCAAGUUUCUGGGAGCCUGUGUUAUCCAAUGCACGAUUUUUACAAAUGUCUGACUUGCUCAUCAACCGAAAGCUUAGCGAUUUGUGUCAACUGCAUAAGAACGUGUCACGAAGGACAUGAAGUAGAAUUUGUAAGGCACGACAGAUUCUUUUGCGAUUGUGGAGCUGGAACAACAACAACUUCUUGUCGACUUACCAACAAGCAGGUAAUUUCAUCUCCUGCCAAAGCUCGUUCUUCAAGGUCGCCAAGGACUCAAAGAGCAAGACAAAAACGCACGGGGGGACGUUGCCUCCGAAAUAGCAGAGGAAAAGGCGCUAAAAACUUGCCAGAAAGUGUCUCAGAAACUCUUGUUAGGUGAUUCAUAUUAUUUGUGCUCGUACAAAUUCUUUAAAUGUAAAUAAUCAAAUGAUAUUGUUUUUUGGCGAUAGUUGGAUUUGCCAUUGUUGGCAAAAAAGUAACCCAAUGCAGAAACACAGCAUUUGAAAGCUGUGUGAUGGAAAGGUUGUUGAAUAAAUCCCAUGUUUGCAUUCAUAAAUUAUUUUUGAAAUCCGCUACAAUCUUUAGGUUAGAAUCAAAAUUGUUUAUAAGGCUUUCCGGUUGUGGCAAUUUCUUUCAAUAAAUUUUAAUUCCCUGCAGAGAAUGCGGUUCAAAAACCAACUGAAGAUUCAAGUUGUGAAAAUUUAAACAAUCCACUUCAAAACAUGAGCAGCUACAACCAUAAUUGCUUUAUUGAUUGGCUUUCUUGGAUAACAACCUAUGCCUUCCCUUCGAUUUUUUCUUCCUUAACUUAAAAACCCAGUUGUUUUAAUGGCAAUUGACAGAUAUAAGAAUUGCUUAAGCAAUCUUUCAAUCAAUAAUAGCCAAUCAAUGCGCGCAUGUGUGAAAUCACACUCACUGAUUGGUUGAUUUUUCGUUGAAAGAAAGUUCAAACCCCUGUAGUAUAUGUCGACUGCCUUUAAGCACAUGGAUUGUAUCAUCCAGCCAUUCUAAUUAGCUUGUUGUCUGUAUCGUUCAAGCUUGUUUUGAACUGAGUCGAAAUUAAAUUCCAACCGCGCAAAAAGGCAGAUAAAAGAUGUUCUUGAUAGAAUAGAAGAACCUUACAAAAAUAGAAAUUGAAUCAAUUCUAGAUAACUGACUAGAACAGUAGUUUAUGUUUGUGUAUUUUAUAUGAAAUGAAGCCAGGUCAGAAUUCAUCUGUAUAAAAUUGAUAAAGCAUCAGUAAUAGCUCUUCAAAUUUACACAUUAGGCGAAACUCAAAUAAAAAUUUUAUCGUAGAUGCUUUUUAGUAUAAAGAGAUUUUUAGACUAAUUAUAUUUACCUUGUAAAAUAAACUCAACACAGAUCUUUAUUUAUAGCUCAGCCGACAUCGCAUAUUUUUCUGUUUUGUUUGUUUCAUUAUGAAGAACAUAUGUAAAAGCAAUUUUUUUGUCUUAAAAUCUUGGUUUAUACAAUAUGCGAUGUUGGCCGUUUUUAUAAUAUAUGUAGAGAGAGAAAAUCAAUUAUUAUGUAAUUAAAUGGCAUUGGAUAGCCCUAUUUAUUAUAGUCAUAUAUCCUUAUCUAUAUGUUACAGGAA